AGUAGGUGUGGUUAAUCGUCAUCUUCGUCUCUACUGAGGACCCGUUGUAUGAAAGCGUCGGGCACACACAUAUGCUUGUAUGAAACGACAAUAGGCAUUGUGCAAACGCCAUAAGCAGCAAGUGAAUGUGCGACAGCAACUUGCUGGGCUGUAUUGUCCGAGUGUCAAGGAGAAGGUCCUGAGUCUUCUCUUUACUACCAAAUUUAUAUAUAAGUACACUCAACCAAUAGCAAAUACACAUAAAUACAAAGCUUCAACAAAAAGAAUUUUUAAUCCUUUGUAAUGUAACUCUAUUUUUUCAUAGAGAUAUUUACACUUUAAAAAAAUAUGCGAAUGACAUGUUAGCACAUUAUUCUAUAUGCUAGAAAAAUUUUUCAUCUAUGAAAUAUAUUAAAAAUCAGUAGCAAAAAAAAGCAAAAGAAUAUCUCUUUUAUUAUUAAUUGAUUAUAUAAAAAUUUUCUAAUUUUAUUUAUAUGGAAACAAUUUGAUAAAGUGUGUCAUUGAAAUAUAUUUAUGUUCAUAAGGCAAAUCCUCAAUUCCAAGACAUGAAUUAUCUAGAUUUACAAAUAAAAUACUGAUUGAAUAAAUAUGACCAUGUAGAUAAUGAUAUAAAAAUUGAUAAAAGAUUGCAACUGAAUUGCAUAUAAGUGAGUGAUCUCAAUUAUUAUUAAACACAUCUUGAUAGACGUUCAAACUAAAAUAUUUAUAAAUAAUAAAAAUGAAAGGUACAGUAGUUUUAGUUUUUAUGAUAUUUGCGGUGAAUAUAGUUAUUUCUUGGAGACCACCAACAACACCAUCAGAAUUAUCAACAGAAAAAUUACCAACUCUAAUUGACUGUGAUAUUGGUGGUGAUGACAACAACAAUGACAAAGCAAUUCUCUUGGCAAAUCCAAAGGACUGUAGUACUUACUAUAUUUGUGUUGGUCUAAAUCCAAUUUUGAUGAAAUGUCCCGAUGGACUUGAAUUCAGUUCGGUUCUGAAGGUUUGUGAUUGGCCACAAUCUGCCGAGUGUACUGUAGAAUCAGAUUAAUCAUAAAAAACUCAAUAAAUAAAUAAAUAGAUCUCUAUGAUGUAUAUUUCAUUGAAAUACUCAAUUGAAAAUUGAUGAAAUAAAAAUAAAUAUAAAUAAAUAAAAAAAAUAAUAAUAUUAAUUUGUAAUAAAAUGUGUUGUGAAUGGAUGAUUUAUCAGGUGAAUAAAAUGCAAUAUAUAUUGUGUCAUAAAUUUUAUAUCUAUAUAUAAAUAGAUUGAGAUGAUGUGAUAUCAAGUCUGUUUAUUGAGUUGAGAUGAAGAACAAGAUGGUGAGACGACAACUCAGACGAGAAGCUGAUGUUCUCUGGGGAUAUAGCUAUAGUGUAUUUGAAAAUGUAGUAAUGCAAGGCAGCUAAAAGAGAUGCCAAGCAAGAGAAGAAAUUGAAAAAAAAAAAAAGAGACAAGAUCUCAUCAGUGAGACGACACUUAAAUUCUCUAUUUUGUGUUCGAGGCUCAAUACAGUAGACUUUCUGUCACCUUUUACUUGUCCGAUUGGUCGUCCGCUAUCUUACUCUGUACUUGUAUACGAUAUUCUCUCAUUCACUGAUCCCUUUUACUCUGCCAAUAUAACCUCGGCCUCUCUUUGAAUGUGUAUAUACUACUACACUGUAAAUUUUCAGUUGCCUCGAAGUCGCUUAAUGUCGUAUUCAGCCAGUAAAUGGAGAAUGAGAGAAAUGGAUAGACGAUCAUGAAUGAAAGUACUUUUUCUCUUUUUUUUUUAUUUUUUUUUUUUUUCACUCCCAUCAUUUUCAUCCAGUAUAUUUUUGUUUGUUUAUCUAACUCCAUUUUCAUCUUCAUCUUCGUCAGUGAGGAUGGCUCUGUGUAUGUGAUUGAUAAAAAAUAAAAAAAUAAAUAACUAAAUAAAAGAAAAAAAAAAUUCAAUAUAUAUUUACUUGGAAAAUGUUAAUGGAAUUCUAUUUAGUAGCAAAUUGGAAACCGAUUGCAGAAAACUCGUCGUUCAUAUAUUCGGUUUGUAAAUGAAAAAAUAAAAAAAUUAUAAUAAAAAAAAACGAACGAAUGAACGAACAACGUGCAUGGAAAUCAUUACAUUCCAUCUUGAAGAAGAAUUUAACCUUUUUAAAAACAUUAUCGAUAAAAAGUUGAAACAUUUUAUGUAUAUUUUUUUUUUAAGGACAUUUUAAAAUUUUUAUUCUACAUUUUUUAUACAUGCAGUGAAUAUAUUAUAAAUUAAUGAUUAAAUAAAAAUAUUUUAAUGCAUUACUUGCUGAAAAAAAAAAAAAAAAAUAGAAUUUCGAAUUGAGUUAGUUGAAAAUCUGGUGAGUUAGAGUUAGAGAGAGUUUCAUGGACACCAUAUUAGAGACUCUCAAUGCGUCGUUCUUCGUUCUAUACCGUACUGGCUAAUCACCCCACUAAAUAUUCACAAGUUCAUUACGCGCUGAGUUACACGAUGAGUCUUGGAUCAACUGUAUAAAUAUAGAGUGGUUAACUAAUUUCGAUAUUCUAUUUCUAGUUUAACUACAAAAUCAAAUAUUAUCUUAACCAAAUAAUACAUAAAAAUAAUUUCAUUAUUCGUUUAAAUUUAUAAUAAAAUAAAUUUACAUUUUUUUUAAAUUAGAAUUAUUUAUUAUUUUUUCAAAAUCAUAAAAUUCAAAUAAUCCACAAGUACAGUUUAAUAGUAUAUACCUGUAUGAAAAAUAAAAUAUAAUAAAAAAACAAAAUAAUAUUAAAUAAAAAAUAUAUGCAUAGAGAA